GUAUUCCUGCUCCUGUUGGAUGGAGCUCGGGGAAACUUUGAGCCUAAUUGCGAUGGGAAACAAGUGAUCGUUCAUCUAUUCGAAUGGAAAUGGACGAGCAUCGCCGAGGAAUGCGAGAGGUUCCUUGGUCCUGCUGGAUUCUGCGGCGUGCAGACUUAUGACACCCAUUUUAACGUACAAGCGAGUUUGUUCGCCAUUCGGGCAAACAAACUCGCUGUUUUCGCGCCUUGUACGCUGAAUUGUCGAAGAUUAAAAAACAAUAUUCGGGAAAAUGCGCCUCUUGCAAAAAAUUCGGAGGUAUUGAACCUACGGGUAUUGAACCCGGGCCCCAUGAUUAUUGGCCAGAUCUGCUAUCACUACACAACCGAAACCAAGACAUCCAGUGUCGCCGCCACAAGAGCACGUUAUUAUGACGACGACUGCGAUGCGCCCCUGGUGGGAGAGAUACCAACCCGUGAGUUACAAGCUCACGUCCAGGAGCGGAACGGAAGAGGAAUUCGUGGACAUGGUCGAACGAUGCAACGCCGAAUCGUCGACGACUACUCGGACGAAGUCAACGUGCGGAAUUGCUACCUGUAUGGUCUAGUCGACUUGUACGGAGCAUCAGAAUCUGUGAGAGAAAAGCUGGCGGAAUAUCUUAAUCACCUGCUGGAAAUAGGAGUUGAUGGCUUCCGACUCGAUGCAUCUAGGCACAUGUGGCCCGAGGACCUAGAGGAUAUUCUAGACGAACUCGAAUAUCCGGCUUUCCACUACCUUGAAGUGAUUGACAUGAACGACGGUGCUGUGACGGUCGAUGAGUACUUCGAUUUGGGUCGCGUGACGGAAUUUCGGUAUUGCUCAAAUGUCGCCAGGGGAAUCAAAGAUUUCAGCCAGUCGGAGGAUUUGAUCGAUCUCGACUCGGGGAUGUGUCCAUCCGACAAGGCCUUCGUGUUCGUCGACAACCAGGAUAACCAGAGGGAACCAGGAGCCGAGGCGAUCUCCCAUAAAGAACCUUUCCUUUACAAGCUGGCCGUGUCUUACAUGCUCGCCCAUCCGUACGGCUUCACUCGGAUCAUGAGUAGCUACGACUUCCAGGAAUUUAGCGAUCCUCCCCCGCACGAUGAGGAUUACAAUCGUGGAAAAAAGAAUCUACUAAUAUUAUCGCCUAUUCAGAUAGAAUCCGUGAUUCCUGAUUUAUUGAUUGCUUCAGUAAAGUGUAUGAAAGAAAUCCAUUUUCUCCCACGAAGCACCCUGGACGUGCCGAUCAACCCGGACGGAAGUUGUGGGAACGGGUGGGUGUGCGAACACAGAUGGCCAGUCAUCACCCGAAUGGACCUAGAGGAUAUUCUAGACGAACUCGAAUAUCCGGCUUUCCACUACCUUGAAGUGAUUGACAUGAGCGACGGUGCUGUGACGGUCGAUGAGUACUUCGAUUUGGCCGAGGCGAUCUCCCAUAAAGAACCUUUCCUUUACAAGAUGGCCGUGUCUUACAUGCUCGCCCAUCCGUACGGCUUCACUCGGAUCAUGAGUAGCUACGACUUCCAGGAAUUUAGCGAUCCUCCCCCACACGAUGAGGAUUACAACACCCUGGACGUGCCGAUCAACCCGGACGGAAGUUGUGGGAACGGGUGGGUGUGCGAACACAGAUGGCCAGUCAUCACCCGAAUGGUUGAAUUUAGAAAUGCGGUGGUUGGGACAGACCUCGAAAACUUCUUCUUGGAAGGAGAUGACGUGGCCUUCUCUCGAGGGGACAAGGGAUUCUUCGCCAUUUCAAAAUCCGGUUCCAUGGAUAGGGUCUUCCAAACCGGGAUGCCGGAGGGUACGUACUGCAACGUGAUUGACGGAUGCGAGACGGAGGUGACAGUGGAAAGUGAUGGGACGGCCCGCAUCCAGAUCACCAACCCCGAGGAACCAAUCCUGGCCAUCUGUCAAGGGUGCACCGGAGACGGAUUUCCUAGGAUGCAA